AUGUCUAGCAAUACGAACGCAGACAUCGAUAUCUCAAGUGGCUCGUUGCAGCCGAAAUCGCAGAACGUGGUGCCGAUUAAUCAACUUCCCUUGGAACUUCUACAGUCAAUCUUCGAACUUGCCUCCUUGAGCCCAGUCGAUCCCGCCACCCCUUGGCGCCUCUUGCUUGUCUGCAAGUUUUGGCGAGUAAUUGUCACGUCGUUCCCUUUGUUAUGGACCAACAUCGCCAUCGGCAAUGGCUCGCCGAAUCCUGAUGGCUUCGUCGACAUGGGAGCUCGUUCCAUAUUCCCCGUACUUAUGUCCUAUCUUCGAUUUUCCUCUCUACUUCCUGUAAACAUAUCCGUUUCAAUUCGUGGAAUGCCCAGACACCAUAGUCCUCUCACCAGAGCUCAUGCUGGCGUCCUAUCGCACAUCCUCAGGCGUCUUUCACACCGUAUCAGGACCAUGACCUUCACGUUCGACUCUUGGGAGUUUUACGGCCUCCUGACGGAAGGUCUGACUCAUGUACAGAUGCCCGUCUUGAUUCAGUGGACAGCCGAGUAUGUCAAUGGUCCACUUGUGAUCUUCAAUGAGGGUUUCUGUGCGAAAAACCUAGACUGCCGUUUCGAGUCAACCGUUCUCACGGCAGGUACCGGCCGACCACACGAGCUUGUGUCGCGCGGUAUUGCACUAUAUCCCAAUCUUUGGUACCUCCACCUGACGAGCACUCCCAUGUCAUGGGACAUGUUCUGUCCUCCCAAUCUCAUCGAGCUGCAUAUUCACGAUCUCCCGCCACGAUACCGUCCCGACGCUAUUCAGCUGGCACAGAUCCUCGAGUUAAGCCGGGAUACGCUUCAAAUUUUGGAGCUGUCGGGGAGCAUUUUUCAAGACUCCGCCUUGGAAAACGUCCACACCCUUAAACUUGGUUUCUCUCUUGCAGAGGAGCUCGGCGGCCUCUUCCCUGAGCUUAAGGUUCCGGCGCUUAGAUCGCUCGAAGUGAACAACCUGGACCGCAAAUCGACAUGGUUUGAUUUGGCAGUAACUCCGGCAUUUCAGGCGUUGGCUAUGUUUUUGCCCCUCCAUCAGUUGAAGCACCUCCGUCUCGACUGUAUCACCUUCCAUUUACCGUCGAACCACCUUCCUAAUCCAGGAUCAGGACAAGAUCCUGUUUCACUGGCCUUCUUCAAGCAGCUCACGUCGCUUACCAGCCUCUCGUUGUACAGCCCUGACGUCGUCACCUUCGGGUGUAUGAACUACUCUCCCGACAUUCUUCCAGCGCUCCAGACUUUGAAAAUCUCGACACCCGGAGUAAACUAUUAUGAGUAUAUUCUGUCGUUCUGGCAGGAGCGCGCGCGCAUGCCUGCUUUUAGGAUGUUAGAACAUCUUGAGCUGACGCUGCCAAUGUGCGCAGAGGGUAGGGCCGAGGAGUUUGUUCUAAGAAAAGAGGUAUUCGCGAAGAGGGUCGUGCUUGACUAUCAGCCGGAUAUGCAUCGUUCGGCUUGGAUGCUCCAGGAUGCCGAGAUGGGGGGAGAUGAUGUGGACGAAAUGGACAACGCAGAGAUAGAUGAAUCGGAGGACGGUUCUGGUGAAAUGGAUGAGGAUUAAUUCUAUGGAUUAUGAUGCCCUUCUGUGUAUUGUAAGUCUCUCCGUAAUAUUCCUCAUAACUUGUCGUCUUUAUCAUCAAGAGUAGUGUUGAAACGCGAAUAAUGACCUCUGCUCGGAGACUAGGACAUCGUAUUGUUUUACGGCUCCCUCUUGUGCGAGGAAUUAGACAGUGAAUGAUGGUUCAACACUCGGUCCUCUGGUGAAGGGCUCC